AUGUACGAAAUCGCCCGCAUCAACAGACGCGCGAACGCGCGCGCGCAGAAGAGCGAUCAGCGCGCGACGGAGGCGCACGCGGAGCGAACGGUCGCGGACAAGCGAAGCAAAGCGCUCGAGCAGCGACUCAAGGUGGCGGUCGAGCGCGCGGCGAAGGCGGAGAGGGAGGCGGAGCGGACGGCGGCGGCCGCGGGCGGCGGCUCGGAGCCGCCGGGCGGCGGCGGCGCGCGCGCGAGGGGUGGGGGGGGCGCCGCGAGGCGGACGUCGGGCGACGCCAAAAAAGAAGCCGCGGGCUCGGGCGCGGGCGCGGGCGCGGGCGGCGCGACGAUGACGCUCGAGUCGCUCGUGGCGUUCGUGUCGCGGAAGCACGACGUGACGUACGGCGUCGUGAAGGACGCGGGGAACGAUUACCUCGGGUUCCUGGACGACGACGUCCCGGAGGUGUUCGGCGCGUGCGUGUACAAGGCGCGUCCUCCUUCGCACUGGUCCCCAUACGACCCCGUCCGCGUUGUGAACGCCGAUCCUUAA